ACUACAUUAUGGGAACGCAACCACGAGCCGACAACAACUUGGAGCCGCGGCUUGAGCCGAACAAGAUCGUCAUGGUGACUGGCGCGUCGUCGGGGCUCGGUUGGGAGUUCUGUCUCGACUUAGCCAAAGCCGGAUGUCGAAUCAUAGCUGCAGCCCGGCGCGUCGAUCGCCUUCACUUACUAUGCAAUCACAUCAAUGAAAAGUUUCCAAUCACUUCCUCGGCCGAGCCGAGCCAAAUUCAAGCAAGAGCCGUCGCGAUGGAGUUCGACAUCACUAAAAACGAGCCAAAUAUUGAAGCUUCUGUAAACAAGGCUUGGGACUUGUUUGGAAGAAUCGAUGUUUUGAUCAACAACGCUGGCAUAAGAGGGCGUAAGCAUGCUCCGUUGGAUUUAUCGCAAGAGGAAUGGGACAAGAUUAUUCGAACUAACCAAACCGGGACGUGGUUGGUAUCCAAGUACGUGUGUCGACGUAUGUGCGAUGCUCGCCGAGGAGGGUGCAUUAUCAAUAUCUCGACCCUUGGGCUCAAUCGCGUAAUAUUUCCCGGUGGGGAUGCCUACGCCGCUUCUAAAUCCGCCGUCAACACAAUCACCAAGAUUAUGGCGAAGGAGCUCGGACCGUACAACAUUAGAGUUAAUGCGAUUGCUCCCGGAUUGUUCGACUCGGAGAUAACUGGUAAGCUGAUGCAGAAGCCGUGGGUUGUGAGUAUGGUGGCGAAAUUAGUCCCGUUAAGCACUUUUGGAACGGUUAAUUCAGCGUUGGCGCCGCUUGUGAGGUACUUAAUCGACGAGUCGUCUCGAUAUGUGACCGGUAAUGUUUUCAUCGUCGACGGCGGUCACACUUUAGCCGGUGUCCCUAUUUUUUCAUCUCUUUAAAGCCAAGUCUUAGUUAUAGGGAAGCUUUGAGAGUAAGGUUGUAUAAAUGUACUUACGAAUGUUCCUGUCAGCUAUAGAUGUCUCUUUUGUAUUAUUUAUUUUAGUUUAGUCCGAACCUAGUAUAUAUAUCCUUGUACUCUUAUUUUCGUAAUAAUACAAUUUUAUAAU